AUGAACAUUCCUUCUUUAAAUCCAGAUGUUGAUUCAAUGGUACGAGUUUAUGGUAGUCAUGUAAAUGACUUAAAUGAAAAUGAAGUUUGUUAUCGUGGAUUAAUACGUGAACGAGAUUCAGAUGGUAAUGCAAUUGUAUUUAAAAUAGAUUAUGGUGAUGUACAACGUAUACUUGUACUAUUACUUCGACCAUUAGAGGAAUGGAUGUUUGAAGUACAACAUCUUGCAAUUCAUUGUUCAUUAGCUGAUUUAGUUAAACCAAUAAACGGUUGGUCAUCAGAAGUUAUUGGUCAAUUUAGUUCACGAUUAAAUAAACCAUUUCUUUAUGGAAAAUUUAUUAAUUAUAAUAAAUCGACUGACAUGUCAAAUAUUCCAAUGGCAAAAUUAUAUCCUGGUACAGCAUAUGAAAUUCAUCUUCUUUAUUAUAUAAGUCCAAGUCAUUUUUAUUUACAAAAUAAUUGGCAAGAAGCUGGAAAAAAUCUUCCAUCAAUAUCAUCACCAGUGAAAUAUCAAGCAAUUGCUGUACAAGAUAAUAAUGCUAUAUGA